CAUGACCGCCAUCGGGGCGCAGGCACAGAGGCUGCUGGCCCACCGGAGACCACAGAAAUCCUUCUUUGAGACCCUCAUCAGGGGCCUGAUCAUCUUGUGCGUGGCCAUAGCGGUGGUCUUGUCGUCCAUCUCCAUCUGUGAUGGCCGCUGGCUGUUUGCAAGAGGUCAGCUCUUUGGACUGUGGCACUUCUGCACCGUGAACAACGACAGUGUCCUGAAGUGUGUCACUGACCUCAGCCUCACCAAGGUGGAGGGGCUGAGCGUGGGGGUGAUUCCAAUAAGAAGCAUGGUGUCCUUUGCUGUUGUGGUAGCCAUAUUUGGCCUGGAGCUGCUGAUGGUGUCUCAAGUCUGUGAUGAUGCCAAUGCAAGGCAGAAGUGGUCAAUGGGCUCAAUUCUCAUCCUUGUCUCAUUUUUACUGUCAGCCACUGGGGUUCUGAGCUUCUCCAUCCUCAUGAAGGAUCACCUCACCUUCACAGGCUUCACACUGUCAUACUGGUGUGAAUUCAUUGCUGCCUUCCUCUUCUUCCUUAACGGAAUCAGUGGACUUCACAUCAACAGCCUCACACACCCCAGGAACAGGGUUUGCAAAAUCUAGGCACAAAGGG